AUGUAUUGGCUUCCGUCAGAUGAGAACGGGAAGAUAUCACUCAAUGAACUACAACUCGACAUUGUUGGUUUCCUUGCCAUCUUGGGUGAGGGUUCAGUGCUUGCCAACGCUCAAGUGUCAACGCUCUCAAGAUGGAUAUUUCUACCACGGUUGAUCCCGGCACCACAAGCUCUGAUGAGGCCGACAAGGCCAAUCCAACUUGAGCCCUUCCCCGGAUUCGUAACAGGCAUCGUAUCGGGAAAUCAUAGGGAUAACAUCAAUCAUAUUGGAAAUAUCGUCUGUGACGCCAACAACCUCGCUCCUUUCUCCGUACGCGUUGUCGAAAUUCAACGCGUCGGCGAGCAAUCACUCAAGGCCAAGACCUUUGGUCCACUCACCGUCGUACUCCUCAUCGGUUUCGCCCUCUCCGCUCUCCUCCUCGCUUUAUCGAUAUGGCAAGACGAUGGCAUGUCCGUCGUAGCCACGGUACUUCUAUCACUUCUCUCUAGCCUGAUCGGUCUCGGGAACAAAUGGGUGUUGCAACUCCCUAAACGCAGGGUCACGACAGGGAUAGUGCCCCGUGGUGAUGUCGUUAUACGGUACCCCAAGGGCAGUUUUCUCAUUGUCCGUUGCUCGGAAGAUGUUGCUCGUGAAUUGUACUUCGCACCGGAGAGCAUCGAUUACCUCCUCACCCAUGGCCCGGCUUACCGAAUACUCAGUCUGGUGGGCACGAUGAUGCUCAUGGGUGGCGUCAUAUGCCUUGCCAACGCUCAGAUUCAGGUUCAGAUUGCGUGGGCAGGUUCCUACAUGCUGCUCGGCGCCUCAUAUUGGAUAGUCGCUGCCUUGCCCAGCAAAAUGCAUUGGGACACGUCUUGUUACAAGGUCAUCAACGAAUGUCUCUCCGACUCCAAUAUGGACAAGAAAGGAUACCCAUCCGAAAAUGAGACGUUCACGCAAGCUCUCUGGAGGGCCAUCUGUGUUAGCAAAGACGUCGGAUGGGUGCGAAGGAGCGACGCAUGUCCAGAGACUGUAGCUUGGCAUGAGUGGCUAAGGGAGGCAAAAGCAUGUAGCGAAGAUGUCAGGCUGGUUGAGGACAAGGGUUUUUCGAGAGGCAAAAGAAUGUGGGAGGUACCAGACUGGGACGCACAAGGGUCUCUGGGAAGAUUGUUGGCUGAACAAGCCAGAACUGACAAGAAACUGAUAACAGAAAAGGUAGAGGUUGUUUGA